GCCCUAAUCCCGAGUUGUUCACUCGCCGAGCAAGCGCCGAAGUGCAGAGAGAGAGGGCCCCGCACAUCGAUCGAUCGAUCGUGGUUCCGGUGAAGUGCAGCUCGUGAUUUGGUGCCCUUGUUCUGCGUUCCGGAGCAGCUAUUUUUGUUGUUUUUUUUUUUGUUUUUUUGUUUUUAUAAAAUUUUAGGGCAAUUGGCGGAGAGCAAUGGGGAUUCGGGAGGAUGCCGCUCAGUCUCGCAUGAAGAAGAAGGUGGAAGAAGCCCUUCGCAGCAAGAUGAAAGCGCAAGCGCUUAAAGAGUGCGACCCUCUCGUCGCCAAGUUCGCGGAAUGUGCCAAAGGGAGGUUAUUUUCUGUUGUUUGGGCGUGUCGUGCUCAAUCGAAAGAAACUAAUGCUUGUCUUCAUAGAUAUACCAACGAUGAAGCGUUUGAAAAGUACAAGAAGCAAUAUGAGGAACAAGCCCUACAGAAGUUGUGAAACAAGCAAAUGUUUAGACGUAAAUACUAUGUAGGCAUUAAAUUUCUAGUGUGAGAAAGACAUUGUAUGUGUCACCUCUUUUAUGAUUCUAGCUGCAAGGAGGCAACCCGUUGCUUUCUGCACCUUGUAGGCCAUCCUUUUCAAUGUUUCUUCACACCCAGUUUUUGGACAAGCGCAAUCCCAAGAUUCGUGGACUACUAGACUGGAAAUUUGAUCUACCGAAAGAGAGUAGCGUUCGUAGGUUUUCAACUGAAGCCUUGUUAAUUUGACUUUUAGUGAAGCCAAUUCAGGCAAUGAUUCUUCAACAAUGCAAAUUCAAGCACCAAUGUUGAGGAAUCAUUGGAGAAUGAACAAUUUCAUUUGCAUUGUUGUUUUGUGAGCCAACUUUGACAAUGGAUAGUUUGCAUGUCUAAAGUGGGCAAUCCAUUUCAGACUA